CUAAGGGUGACAACUCCAUGCGGUAGCAGGACAACUUGCGGACAAGUACCAACAAGAAUAGGAUGGACGGCUGCUUCGUCCGGCUUGGGACCACCACGAGUGCAUCUUCCCUCAGCCACGGGAUCCACGUGUCCGUAUGACAGCGUGACACGUGUCACACAGUCGUUUCUUGCGACCAACAAUGCCUCUGCGAAGCCUUGGGGGCGGCGCAUCUUGAAUGCCGUCGGAUUAUCUGAUGCAGAUCAUCAUCCCGUUGGUAAUCGGAAGAAGCCCCCAACUCCCGCCCCCGCCGUCGCCCUGACUUUUCAGCCUCCAGUAGUGCCAAAUGCACUCAGUGGCUCCAAUGGGGUCCCAAGGACGGGCCCAAGGGAUGGGACAACGAGGAGGGGGUACAGCUCAAAGGUCAAGAAGACCAAACUGAAGGGCUAUUCAUCAUAUAAGGAAAGAUUCCGUCUUUUAGCAGACGGGUCCUUUGUGCGUCGCAAGGCGGGAAAACGACACAAUGCUCAUUCAAAGACAGCAAAACAGCGGCGCCAACUCAGAAGACCAACAAUUGUUGCGCUUGGUCACACAGCGCCAAUGCGCAAGCUAGCGUUCUCUAAAUGACGAUGAUCCCGGCUAACACUAGACUUAACACAGCAUCGUGAGCUUACCAGUGGAUUUCUCCAGUGAGUUUUCACAUCGUCAGUCGGUCGGUCCGUCGGUUUCCCCGGGCUUGAUUCACCCCACAGCCUGAGUGAAGGGCUGGACAGACAGCCAUCAUGGGCAAAUGCUCGAAGGACAAAAGGGACAUUUACUAUCGAAAGGCCAAGGAGGAGGGGUGGAGAGCCCGAAGCGCCUUCAAGCUGCUUCAAAUUGACGAGGAAUUCGAUAUCCUUACGGAAGUUAAGCGUGUGGUCGACCUGUGCGCUGCGCCCGGAAGUUGGAGCCAGGUACUCAGCCGCAAGCUGUACUUGCCCGCCAAGGCGGCAAAGGAGAGCGGCCAUGGGGAAUCCGACCUACCGUUGAUUGUUGCCAUUGACUUGCAGCCGAUGGCGCCCAUCGAGGGGGUGGUGCAAAUCCAGGGCGAUAUCACGAGCUCCCGUACGGCGGAAAUGGUCAUCAAGCAUUUCCGGGGAUGCAAGGCGGAUCUUGUCGUGUCUGACGGUGCCCCGGAUGUGACAGGCUUGCACGACAUGGAUGAAUUUGUGCAGGCACAGAUCAUACUAGCGGCGCUGACGAUUGUCACUCACGUCCUUCGCCUUGGCGGCACCUUUGUCGCGAAGAUUUUUCGCGGAAAGGACAUCAGCCUCCUCUACACUCAGAUGAAGCUCUUCUUUCCCCGAGUGACGUGCGCGAAACCGAAGAGCAGCCGCAAUUCCAGCAUAGAAGCGUUCAUCGUUUGCGAAGGCUACUUUCCUCCCGAAGGGUUCGAGCCUUCACACCUGCAGUCCUUGUUGGAUAACGAAGCCAUGGGCGUGAACUCGGACGACGACUGUUGUAGCAGAAGGCUCGAGGGAAUUCAUCGAGCGAUCGUUCCCUUCCUGGCAUGCGGGGACGUGAAUGGGUUUGAUGCUGACCAGUCCUAUCCCUUGCCAGCGUUAUCGUCGUCAGUUUCAGAGACAUCAGGUCAGGCAGGUGCAGGCUCGGUGGACUACAGAACGCUCUCCCCAGUGCAGCCGCCUAUUGCUCCCGCUUAUAGAACCGCCAUAGCCUUGUCCAAACAACUGGAAGGAGGAAAAAAGUGCUGAGUCUGCUGACAUCCAAAGCAAACAAUUGUGCAACAAUCUCAGUUUUACAUUUCUAUUCAGUUUUCAAUAGUACUGUUCAUUUUGUUGUCGUCCCAGAUUUCUUUCUUUUGGUACGGAGGGACUGAAAAAUUGAGGUGUGUAAUCCAAUCAAUUCAAUUCAAUUUUCCUGAAGGGAAAAAAAGGGAAAAAAAAAAAAAAAAAAAAAGUCUCAUGUGUGAGAGUGUGUGCUGUGAGUGUGAUUCUCAUGGGCUGAAGUUUCGUGUGCAUCAUGGUGAGAGAGGAGACGUGGACAGGGUGGUUCGGUAGCGCCGCUCCUGGUUUCACACGAUGGGUUCCUCUUUUUUUUUGGAAAUCCCAACGAUGUUCUCUUAGUGGGAGUAUUAUAGGGGGGUUCGUCAUCUGACCAAAAUUACACUCGUCGCGCAGUCAAAAAAGUCCUCGUUUGGGUAUAUUGCGCUCGUCAGAGGUUUUGUUCUGUGGAUGCGAUUCCCAUGAGCUGCUGUGUUAUGCCGACCACGUGGCUUGUGGGUGUGGCGGAUGUCUGGGGUGCUUUUAGACAGUGUGCCUCUCCUGUUAUCAAUUUAAUAAUUUAUUAAAUGAUGGAAAAAAAAACGUUUUGUGGUUCUGAAUGGAACAUGAGCCCACAUUUUCUUGUUCUUGGUUGAGGCGCUACCUGGUCGAAUGCGUCGUGCACUCCUCUGUAGGCGGACUCAGGGAGAGUCCGCAGUGUGGGUGAGA